AUGUGUGUCAACCGCAACCGGGGCUUGUGGUCACUGGGCACCAAGUGGCUUGUUUGCGAUCGGCCAAACGACCUGACACUCGGAAACGACUACAUGACCUGGAAGUUUCUACAUGAUCACGCGGGUCCCGAUUUCCCCGUGGUGAAAGAGAUGCGCCGCUUGAAUGACCCCAAGGAUCCCAUACAAAUCACUUUGAUCUCUCGGACCCAGGGCAAAUUGCUAGGCUCGCUAGUAGACAUUCUUCGAAAACUGCGACGCUUCACGGCACCACUCCCCCCAAACGUCAAUGGCGAUCAGCUCUAUGAUUGUGUGCUAUGUCUCUGCAAAGGCUUUAGGCCACCUACCUGUUUCAAGAUUGGGUUUACGGAAGAUGAAUGGCUGCAGAACAUGUCGGAACACCUCCGCAGCGGGCUUUCUUCCAUCCACAAGACCAGAGACCCGAAAAUGAUUGAAGAGAAGCUCCAGGCGAUCAAAGACGACUUUCCACGCGGAGGACCAUAUGUGUCGACCCACGGAGAUUUGCACGUUGACAAUAUCAUCGUCAAGCACGACAAGAUCGAGGCAAUCAUUGACUGGGAGACAUCUGGGUAUUUUCCUUGGUGGGCAGAGAGAAUCAACGCCGGACGGUUCGCUUCUCGCGGCGUCGACCUUUUCGAUGGUGUCUGGGCCAGGGUCCAUCCCGACCUGGGCGACGAAGCGUUUGCCGUCACUUUGAAAAAGCUGGAACCGCUCCAAAAUGCUGUCGAGGCCGCCCCUCAGUCUCACAAGUCGACCCGACCUGUUCUCUGGCGUCCGCGGUUCUGUAAAUGUCGGCCUUUUGGUGGCAUGAUCUCGGGUAGUGACCUUGGAUCUCCCGAUGAGCAUAUCGAGCUUGACUGGAGAGCGAGCUUGGCUGGAGAGGAGGCGUGA